ACCCAUCCAUUAUGGCAGAGACAACCUUCCACGUUGCAAUGUACCCAUGGUUCGCCCUAGGUCACAUUACUUCCUUUCUUCAUAUGGCCAACAAACUUGCCAAGAGAGGCCACAAAAUUUCCUUCUUCUUGCCUGCCAAAACUCUAAGCAAGGUAAAGGCUUUUAAUUCUCAUCCGGAUCUCAUAACCUUCAUUCUGAUCACCGUUCCGCAUGUCAAAGGUCUUCCCCUCGGUGCCGAAACGACAAACGAUGUUCCGUUCCCUUUGCAUCACCUCAUCAUGACUGCCAUGGAUCUCACCGAAGCGGAUAUAGAAGCAUCCCUCCGCAAACUCAAACCCCAAUUCGUUUUCUUCGAUUUCACUUGUUGGUUGGCUGCCUUGACUCGCAAGCUAGGCAUAAAGUCCGUGCACUAUUGUGCCAUCAGCUCCGCGACUAUCGGCUUUCUUCUUAGUCCUUCAAGAAAAAUUCUCGAGGGAGGUUUCAAUGAACUUGAUCUCCUUGAACCUCCCGAAGGUUUUCCAUCCUCGAGAAUAAAGCUACACGCACAUGAAGCUCGAGGAUCAGCCGCCGGUGCAGCAAAGGAAUUCGGGAGUGGUAUUUCAUUCGUAGAGCGCCAGAUGAAGUCAUUGAUUGAUUGUGAUGCUAUUGGUUUCAAGACAUGCAAGGAGAUUGAAGGGCCUUAUUGUGAAUAUAUCCGAAGCCAAUUCAAAAAGCCGGUGCUUUAUGCUGGUCCGGUCGUGCCGGAACCACCGAAAACGACGUUGGAAGAACAAUGGGAAAAGUUAUUAAGCAAAUUCGGAGCCGGGACUGUGAUAUUCUGUGCCUUCGGAAGUGAGUGUGUUCUCAAAAAGGAUCAGUUCCUAGAACUGGUUCUAGGGCUCGAGUUAACAGGUCUACCAUUCCUGGCUGCCCUGAAACCACCAAUGGGAGCCGAAGCAAUCGAGUCAGCCUUGCCGGAAGGGUUCGAAAAAAGGGUACAAGGAAGAGGGUUCGUCCAUGGAGGCUGGGUGCCACAACAAUUUAUCCUGAGGCACACUUCCUUGGGGUGUUUCGUGACCCAUUGUGGCUCAGGCUCGCUGGCUGAGGCUAUGGUGAAUGACUGUCAACUGGUGCUGUUACCCCACGUCGGGGAUCAAAUAAUUAACGCAAGAUUAAUGGCUCGAGAGUUGAGAAUUGGGGUGGAGGUUGAGAAAGGCGAAGAGAAUGGGCUGUUUACAAAGGAUGAUGUUUACAGGGCAGUGAUGACCGUAAUGGACGACGGCAAUGAGUUGGGAAAAGAGACGAGGGCUAACCAUGCUAAAUGGAAAGAGUUUCUUCUAGCACCGGGGCUUGAAAAUUCUUACAUGAAUGACUUUAUCAUGAAAUUGCAUGCCUUGCUGUGAAGAGGGUGCU